AUGAAGACCAAGUUCUGCAGCGGGGGCGAGGCGGAGCCCUCGCCGCUCGGGCUGCUGCUGGGCUGCGGCGGCGGCAGCGCGGCCGCGGCGCCCGGCGUGGGGCCGCCGCGCGGCGCCGCCAGCGCCCCCGAGCCCAAGCCGCCCGGCGGCCGGCCGCCCCCGCCCGCGCCCCCGCCCGCGCCCCCGCCCGCGCCGGCCGAGCAGCCCGAGCGCACGCGCCGCCGCGCCUAUCUGUGGUGCCGGGAGUUCCUGCCCGGCGCCUGGCGCGGCCUCCGCGAGGACCAGUUCCACAUCAGCGUCGUCAGAGGUGGCCUGAGCAACAUGCUGUUCCAGUGCUCCCUCCCUGACACCGUGGCCCCCGUCGGUGACGAGCCCCGGAAGGUGCUCCUGCGGCUCUACGGCGCCAUCCUCAAGAUGGGGGCCGAGGCCAUGGUUCUGGAGAGCGUCAUGUUCGCCAUUCUUGCCGAGAGGUCGCUGGGGCCCCGGCUCUACGGCAUCUUCCCCCAAGGUCGCCUGGAGCAGUUCAUCCCGAGCCGGCGAUUAGAUACUGAGGAGUUAAGUUUGCCAGAUAUUUCUGCAGAAAUAGCUGAGAAAAUGGCCACAUUUCAUGGCAUGAAAAUGCCGUUCAACAAGGAACCGAAAUGGCUCUUUGGAACAAUGGAAAAGUAUCUCAAUCAAGUGCUCAGAAUUAAAUUUACCGGGGAGUCCCGAGUUAAGCAGCUCCACAAAUUCCUCAGUUACAAUCUGCCUUUGGAACUGGAAAACCUGAGGUCCCUGCUGGAAUCGACUCCAUCCCCAGUCGUGUUUUGUCAUAACGACUGUCAGGAAGGUAACAUCUUACUGCUGGAUGGCAGAGAGAAUUCUGAAAAGCAGAAACUGAUGCUUAUCGACUUUGAAUACAGCAGCUAUAAUUACAGGGGAUUCGACAUCGGGAAUCAUUUCUGCGAGUGGAUGUAUGAUUAUAACUAUGAGAAGUACCCUUUUUUCAGAGCCAACAUCCAGAAGUACCCCACCAGGAAGCAGCAGCUCCAUUUUAUUUCCAGCUACUUGGCUGCGUUCCAAAAUGAAUUUGAAACCCUCAGUAAUGAAGCAAAGUCCAGUGUAGAAGAAGAAAUGUUACUUGAAGUCAAUAGGUUCGCGCUGGCCUCCCACUUCUUCUGGGGACUGUGGUCCAUCGUGCAGGCCAAGAUCUCAUCCAUCGAGUUUGGGUACAUGGACUACGCCCAGGCAAGGUUUGACGCCUAUUUUGACCAGAAGAGGAAACUUGGGGUGUGACUGGGCGCACGGCGGACACCUCAUCCCUGGACGGCGCGGGGCGCGGGGCCGUCUGUGCUCCGGCUGCUGAGCCUGCGGCAGGAAGGCUGGGGAGUCUCACGCAAGCAGACAUGCAUGAUACGAAAGACUAUUAAAAUCGAGUAACAUUUAUUUCAUAUCUUGUUUACGGUUUCACUAGGCCUCUGACCGAGAGCGGAAGCAGAAUAGAGAACAAUAGUGCAAUAGCGCGGGCGCCCGGCAUCCUUUCCCUCUAGGGGGCCUUUACACUCCGGGCUGGGCGCGAGAUGGCAGAGGGCAGGCGUGGGCGGUCGGCCGCGCUCCCGCUGGUUGGAGUUGACGUCCGCGGUGCGCUGCUGCCAGCUCCCUGG